CGUAAUAUAGCGCGGAGAUGUCGUAUGUGGUAAAUCAGGCAAACGGUUACUUGUUAUGUUUAGCAGUUGUGCUCGUUCGUACUGCGAAGAAUCGAUGAGUGUUGUAUUAUUUUAAUUCUUUUUUGGGCGCUUUUUAGUAGCCGCGAAAUUCGAAAUAUGCAGUUUUAUAAAGAAAAAUUACUCUCGCCCGGACAAUUAAAGCGAUUAAGCGAGCACAAAUAUAGUUGCACAACCAAUAGUCUAUUGGAUGCAUUUCUUCAACCCUGGUGGGACUGGCUAGUCAGCAAGGUUCCACUUUGGCUUGCACCGAAUUUGAUCACGGUUUUGGGUCUAAUUGUCAAUAUUGUUACUACAUUGAUAUUAGUUUAUUAUAGUCCUGAUGCUAAAGUUGAGGCACCUAGGUGGGCAUGUUUCUUAUGUGCAUUGGGUUUAUUUAUUUACCAAAGUUUGGAUGCUAUCGAUGGCAAACAGGCUAGAAGAACUGGUACCUCUACGCCUUUGGGAGAACUGUUUGAUCAUGGAUGCGAUUCAAUAUCGACAGUAUUCGUAGCAUUAUCCGCUUGUAUAGCCGUACAGUUGGGAUAUUAUCCAACAUGGAUGUUCUUUCAAUGUUUUUGUGCAAUGACUUUAUUUUAUUGUGCACAUUGGCAAACUUAUGUCUCAGGAUCUCUAAGAUUUGGUAAAGUGGAUGUUACGGAAGCCCAGUUCACCAUCAUAGGAAUACAUCUGAUAUCAGCCAUUUUUGGACCUAGAAUUUGGAUGAUGGAGAUACCAUACAUUGAUGGUUUUCUGUUGAAAUAUUUAAUAGGAGUUAUGACAGUGGUGUGUGCUCUGGCAAACUUAUAUUCCAUAUUUUCGGUGAUUUUCACCGGAGGAGUUGGGAAGAAUGGUUCGACUGUCGCUAUUCCUAUGCUCGGUCUGGGUACGCUAAGUUGUUACAUGGCAGCGAUAUUUUACGUGGGCUACACUCACGUAUUUCUUCAGUUUUGUAAAGUCUUUGAAUCUGGUGGAAUUGGAAAGAACGGUUCGACCAUUGCAUUGCCAUAUACUGGCACAGAGGUCAAGAUCUUUCCAUUAUGGGCCGCCGUGGGCAUCGCUAUUUUACUUGCACAAAGCAGUAUAUCCGUCAUACUUGCCGGUGGUGUCGGAAAAAAUGGCUCCACCGUCGCAGGAACAUCGGUACUGUCGCCGAUCAUCCCAUUUAGUUUCGUGGUAGUGCCAGCUUUCAUUAUUUAUAGAAAAAGUGCUGAGCACGUAUACGAAAAUCAUCCUGCUCUGUAUAUACUUGCAUUUGGGAUGGUUGCAGCUAAAGUUACCAAUCGAUUGGUGGUUGCUCAUAUGACGAAAAAUGAGAUGCAAUAUUUAGAUAGUUCCUUGAUUGGUCCAGCAAUGCUGUUUCUUAACCAGUACUUCAACUUUUUUAUCAAAGAGUACUACGUUCUCUGGCUGUGUUUCAUUUGGGUCACGUUGGACCUUCUGCGAUAUAGCUCUCAAGUCUGCCUUGAAAUUUGUGAUCAUAUGAAGAUAAAGCUAUUCAGAAUACCUGUGGGGGAUCAUCGGAAUGUCGGGCCUCAGCUUAACGUCGCCGAAAAAAAUGCUCACAUGGUCAUCGAACAGGAACCGCUGUUAAACGAAGAUUAUCAUCAUCAUCAUCAUCAUCGUGGCUCUGAUACGACAACCCUCGACAUCUGACGUUUACUACCCCCCUCCCAACCCCCAUAGCGCAUGGUGGUAACACCGAACACGUACCACCAACGUAUUAUAUUUAAAACUUAAUUUACAAUUUAAAACACGAUGUGAAUUGUAUAAAUAAGAAUUUAAAAAAAAAAGAAGAAGAAAGAAAAACAAAAUACCGCGCGAAAGGGAGUUCUUUACUUAAAAACUAUAUGAAAGAAAAAAAAAAUGAAAAUAAAAAAAAGAAAAAAAAAAAAAAAAAAAAAAAAAAAAAAAAAAAGCAAUGAACUAUAAAAAAAGUAUAUCUUAAAUGUCAAAGUCGGAUGUACAGUAUUUUUUACUAGCGUCGAGAGUACAACGGGUUAAUGCAAACAAAACAAAACACAAAUAAAAGUAAUAAAAAGGUAUUUGCAUACUAUAUAAUAUUAAAACGUAUACGAGGAAAAAAAUCCUACGUAUAAACGUUUGUGCGAAGGUUAUUUAUUUAUACGUAUAUAUAUAUAUAUAUUUCACUCUUAUCAGCGGACGUUGAGAAUUGUUAUACUUUAUUUUCUUUUUUCACUUUUUUUUUCUCUAUUAACCGAGAAUAUCUUUACCAAAACGUUAAUUGGUCAUUUAUUGUUUAAAUUAAGUGCAACGGAACUAUUGUAAUUAUUUUUUCCUUACGAUUAGUAUUACAGUUGUUUGUUUGUUUGUUUUUUUUAGACCGUCCUCCUUUUUCCUCAAUCUUCUUUUGUAAUCCUUUUUUUUUUCUAUAUAUAUUUUAAACGAGCACAUAUCUUUUAAGAAAUUGUUUAUGUAUUUUUUUAUAAUAUACCACGAUCUGCUGCAGCCCGUAAUUAUAAAUAAAAUAAGAAACAUAAUAAAUGUUUACGCGCGAGGAGAGGGGAAGACUCGUGCUGACAUUAUUGUAUUAACUUAUGCAUUUUUGUCUAUUAACAUAUGUGUAUUAUUUGUCUAAGCUUAAUGAAAAUGAACAAAAUAAUAAUUAAUAAGUCAAAUUAAUGAGAAGAACAAAAAAACAUUUGUAUAAUCGUUCCGACGAUCUAAUCGUGAACACAUUUCAUUAAUU